GUGACGGCAACAUCGGCUCCUCUGGUCCAGCGCGAUCCGCGGCCGUGUCUCCGUCGUCUCGCACCGUCUCUCCACAGUCUCGGUGAUCCCCUCGUCGUCCCCUGUCCGCGCGCCCCGCGACCGACUCGCGUUCCUCGCGGAUCGGAUCGGCUCGGAUUCCGCGGGAUGCCGGCUCCACGUGACGGAGAUCGCCGGAUGGAUCGGGUGUGCAGUGCGUGAUCGCGAGUGUCUCCCGGGUCCCCAGCCAAGUGUCCGCGUGUGUCCAGCAGUUCGAUCCAGGAUCGGCAUCGGGCGGCUGCCUGCGAAGCGGCCGGGUCCGCCUGGUCGCAGGCCUGCGACCAACAGGGACGGGGCAUCCAGUGGUGCCUGAACAGCGAGUCACGAUCGAUUCAAUUAACCAUUGAACCUUCUCGAAGACCGGCACAGCCGUGGCCGAGGCUCGGUACAUCAUCAUGAUCGUUAUCCUCUGAACCGAGCGCAGCCGACCGAGCCGAAGUUUAAAGUGAGUUACGCAGGCUUAGCAGCUGCCAAGUUGGAACAAUGAUCCCAAACAGUGCGAGAGUGCUUAGGUGUCUACGGUCCGCGGGGCUCGAGUGAUAAGGUGUCUUCGGGUAGUGGAGCCUGGAGGGUUCUCCGCACUGGCCCAGGUCCGGGGAUUCAUGUUGGAUACAGUGGAAGCCAGAGCCUCGGUAUCCUCUUCGGAAGCCGUCGAUCCUCUCGCCAGCCUCUUAGCAGCGGCCACCGGAGAGACCGUGAUCGGCCGAACCGCGAAACUUUCGUCCGUCCAGAAUAAGAAUAGGAAGAAGAAAAAGCAUCUCGUGAGAAGAAGCGAUAAAGCGUCCCGAGGUGGACCCGGUGUCCACGGUAUCCGGCGUGUUCAUCUCCCCGGAAGCUCUAGGAAGCCAGCUCGUAAGGAUGAAGCGGACCGUUAAACAUCCGAGGGGCGGAUUUCUCCUGAGCGUCAUUAGGGCCGGCGCGUUUUAUUUGUACCGGCACAUCAAGCAUGCCAUUAGAAAUGAGAUCGGCUUCCUCUAAUCCCGUCCGCUGCUCUUAGGAUUCGGAGAGCCGCGAUCGCGGCUGAAACCGCUCGGUAUCGUCGUCGUCCUCGUGACCACAAUUAGGAACAUCAUCCUGUAAAAUGCGACGUACCGUUCGGACAGGUGUCCAGUAGCCUCUCGGUCGAACGAAAGGCGCGGUCCGCGCGGAAAUAAAGGCAUUUGCCCGACGAUCAAGUGGUCGACGCACGAGUUUCCAGGAUACGGAAUAGAAUAGCAGAACCUCGAGGAUCCCGUGAAGGAGGGCCCCGUCGUCGCUCCUGUAACUCGGGCUAUUUACCUUUCAGAACGCUGAGUUGGGGAUGCCUUGGGCCGCGUGUUGACUUCCCGUCGAGAAUCGUCAGCACGUUUCCGUGGCUAGUCAAACAGCGGCCUCGAAGAGGACUCGAUUUAAAGAGCGGCUCCGGCGAUCCGUGGUAACCGCCGUCUUCGAUAUUGGCUCCGACCAGUGUAUACCUUGUCGAGGACCGCGAAAGAUGACUUGAACGUUGCUCCGGGGGCAGAGCGAUCGUCGCGACGGAGGGCAGGCCGACGGGAACCGACGGGAUAUAUGAUACGUUGGUGUUCGUCCGAGUGAUCCACGGUCAGGGAUCGCGCGGUGAUAUCGAUCCUCGCGUACACUGAUGCAUCCUGGCGAAGCGGCCGGUCCUCGUGGCAACGGGGUCAUCAGGAUCGCGAGCGUUAGAGCCUGCGGCGGCGGCUAGAGCCGAGGAAUGAGCUUGAGGAGGGGGAUCGACUGAGGCGCACCAGCCGAGGGGACGGGGUUUGUGGUAGGGCGCGAACGAAGAUGACGUCGCCGAUCCUGGCGUUGCUCGGCCUCGUCCUGGCCACCGCCAGCGCCGAGCUCAGCUCGAGGAUCGUCAGGACAAAGUACGGGGAACUGUCUGGCGUUAUCGUGCCCCUCGAUCGCCACCUCGAGGGCGUCGAAGUGUUCCGCGGCGUUCCGUACGCGUCGCCGCCGAUCGGCUCCCUUCGAUUCAUGCCGCCUGUCAACGGCGCGAUAUGGCACGGCGUCAAAGUCGCUGACAAGUUCGGGCCCGUCUGCCCGCAAAGGCUGCCCGAGCUCAGCGACAAAAUGCCGAAAGGACGCGCGGAGUACCUCAGAAGGCUGCUGCCGUACCUGAGGAAUCAGAGCGAGGACUGUCUCUAUCUCAACAUCUACGCGCCGGUUCAAGGUACGACACUGGGAAUGUUAUCGUUUUAACGGCGGGAUUUU